GAGAAUCCCAAUGCAUCUCCCUAUCUCAUCUCUCACGACGCCCACCUUUCGCUGCUCCCUCUCCUAAUUUAAUUUUUUUCCCCCAAAAUCUUCUCUUUUUAAUUUUUUUUGAUUCAAAUAAUCUCAAGAGAAGUCUUCAUCGCGAACAUAAAUAAAACGCGAGGUGUGGGUGACGCGUCCAUCCACCGAGAUAAACCCCAAGAGAAACCUCUCCUCCCAUGGCGGCGAUGGGCGGCGGCGCGGGAGGAGGAGGAAGGGGGCCACGGGACAUGAGGCUGACGAUGCAGGAGGCUGCCAAGAAGCUGUCCCUGUGGGACUCGGCCACGUUCCGCCCAAUCCUCACCCACGUCGAGCUCGAGCCCAUCCUCGCCGCCGCCGGGUUCGUCGCGCUGCCCACGCCGCCGCCGCCGACGACGACGCAGGGCGGCGGCGCGGCGGGCGCGGGGCAGCCGGUGGCGUGGAGGGAGUACGCGUUCGUCGGGGUCGCGGCGGCGGGGCGGCGGCGGCGGAGCGGCAAUGCGGCGGUGGCGGCCGGCGUGGGGUGGCUCGGCCCGCGGCCGCGGCUGCCGUGCCCGCGCGUCGACGCGCUCCACCUCCGCACGUACCAGGCGUUCCUCGGCGCCGUCGAGUUCUACCUCGGCGCCCUCCGCGUGGCCAGCCUCUUCCACGUCAGGUGCAUGCCGGUGACGACGGCGCAGGACAGGGUGUUCGACAAGGUGUUCCGGGUGAUGCGAAGCCACGGCGUGGAGGACGACGGCCUCAUCGUCUACCGCGACGGCACCCUCGACGACGCCACCUACGCCGUCUGCAGCGAGCACAGCCCGGUGCAGGACGUCGGCUACCACGUCAUCCCGGGGAACACCUGCGUCGAGCUCGGCUACCUCAAGUCCGGCAGGAUCGCCGGCAACUGCGACGAGGAGACCUGCUGCAGAGGCGGCGCCGCCGCCGCCGACAUCGCUCGUGCCAGGAAGCUAGAGCCGCAGUAGCUGCGCCAGCUGCUUUAAUUUGAUGCAGAGAUCAGGAAGGUGCUUAGUCAGUGAUGACUUUGGUUAAUCAGUGAGCUAGACUUCAGGUGAUAUUGUGGUGGUGGUAGCAGUUGAUUUAUUCGUGAUUUCUCGAGGUUUUGCAUGUACAAUCGAUCUGUUGCAUGUGGUGGAUGCAUGGGCAGUAAGUUUUGCCAGGAUAAGUUGGAGUAAAUGUUUGUAGCUGGAAUUUUGGAUUAAUAAUGCCAGAAAUUAAUAUAGAAAGAUAGUUUAUAUAUCAUAAA